AUGAAAUUAUUAUUACUAUUUUUGUUGACUUCUAUUUUUGUAGUUUAGAGUGAAACAACAAAUAUUAAUUUAGGUUCACCUUGUUUAUGUACUCAACUUUUUGAAUAAGAUUGCUAUAGAAAUUAAAAUUGUGUUUGGAAUAAACUUUAACUGAGAUGUGAAAUCAAAUCAACAAUUGAAGAAACUAACACAAAAACUAACCCUAAAAUAAGUUCAUAUUGUUCAAAAUUUGGAUCUGAUAAAUGUUGGGAAGUAGAAGGGUGUGCUUACAUUUUCAAUGAAUGUGUUUAAUUUACAUCCUGUUCUAGUUAUCCUUUCAGUGUUUAAGAACUUUGCCAGAUGGUUUCGAGUAAGUGUAUAACGGAUGGUGAAAAAUGCGUUGAACUUGCUGAUUGUUACAGUUAUUAAACUCCCAUAUCUUGUGUUAAAAAUUCAAAAGGAAAUUAUUGCUUUUGGGAUUAGUAGUGUGUUGAUGCAACAGAUUGUAACAAAUUACCACUUUCAUUCAAGACUGAUGCUUAAUGUCGUGAAUAACUCUCAUAUUGCACAGUUAAUCCAAGAGGUGGAUGUCAGGCCAGUGGAUACAAUUGUGAAGAUCAAGAGUUUGAGAUGUAAUGCUAUUAUAAUCAGAAAUUGGGAUUAUGUGCAUGGAUUAAUGAUAAAUGUAUGGAUCGCUCAUGUGAAACUGCUCCAAAAUCUAUUAGAACUGAUAUCGCUUGUUAAGAAUAUUUUGAAGGCUGCACAUUAAUUGCAGAAGGAGGCUGUAGACAAAGAACAUAGUGUAAUGAUGUGACUAUCAAGGAAUCUUGUACUUAUAGUGCUAAUGGAUCUAUAUGUUUUUGGAAUGAAGGGAAAUGUUAUGAUAAAAAAUGUGAAAAUGCCCCAUUAAAUAUUAUUUGUUCCAAAUUUUUAGAGAAUUGUGUUCCAAAAUCUUUAGGAGGAUGUAUGAGUAUCAGUGAUUGCUCAAAAUAUGAUUUAGAUGAGAGUUGUAAGAUAGAUAAAAAUAAUAAUAAAUGUUUUUGGACAGGAAAUUAAUGUGUAUCACAUACAUGUGAAAGUGCUCCUUUAGAAUAUGUAACUCAUGAAUAAUGUGCUGCUUUCAAAGAAGAUUGCACAGUAAAUAACAGUACAUUUAAAGGUUGUUCAUAGAGAACUUGUGAUAAUGCUCCAACAACUGCAACGACAUUUCUUAAAACAAAUUAUGAAUGUAAUAAAUAUAAAGAAGGCUGCAUUACAAAACUAGGAGGAGGAUGUAAGUAAUUAAAUGAAUGCAGUGAUAUUGAUGUUGAAAUAGCUUGUGUUGUAGAUAAAUAGGGAAGAAAUUGCUUUUUUUAUAAUGGUGAAUGCGCAUUAAGAACUUGUGAAAAUGCUCCAUUGUCUUUUAAUAGUCAUGAAUAAUGUUAAGAAUUUAAUGAGGAAUGUACAGUUGCACGAACUAAGAUUGGAUGUGUUAAGAUGACAUGUUAAGUUUUACAAUCACAAAGUACUUGUAAGGUAGAUUUAAAUGGUAAUCGAUGUUUUUGGACAGGUCUUUGUUAUGAAAAGACUUGUUCUAAUGCUCCAUUUGAAUAUGAUUCAGAUUUGAAAUGCAAAAAUUACUUAAGUUCAUGUACAAUAGCAAAUAGCGGUCGUGGAUGUAUAAUUAGACCGAGUCAAUGCAAUUAAUUAGUUCUUGAAGAUUAGUGUUAUAUAACAUCAAAUGGUUAGAUUUGUGGAUGGUUUGAAGGAGCAUGUUAUGACAAAGCUUGUUUUACAGCACCUUAUACUUCAGACUAUGAUACUUAUGAAGAAUGUGAUAAUUAUUUAAGUGGAUGUACAGUUGCAAGUGAAGGAAAUGGAGGUUGUGUUCCUUUGGAUUCAUGCACAACUUAUACAGCCUAAAGAAGUUGCCGAUUUAAUAAUUUAAGUUAAAUUUGUGAAUGGACUGGCAAUGCUUGUUAUGAUAAAGCAUGUACUACAGCUCCUUAAGAUACAGAUCAUGAUUCAAAUGAAGAGUGCGAUGCUUAUUUGACUGGUUGCAUUGUUGCUCCUAGCGGAUAAGGUUGUGUUUUAAAACCAAGCAGUUGUGGAAUGAUGAGUACUAAUACUUAAUGUACAGAAUCUUCUACAAAUUCUCUUGGAGGACCCUGUGUUUGGGUUGGAACUUGUGUAAACAGAACUUGUUCUAAUGCUCCUGUUUCUACUAGUUAUGAUACUCAUUAAGAAUGCUACACGUUUUUAUCUACUUGUACUGUUGUUCAAAGUGGCAUAGGAGGUUGUAUGACAUAAUUAAGCACUUGUGGCUAAUAUUCAACAUUUAGAUCAUGUUAAUUAGCAUCGAAUGGAUAGAAAUGUGCUUGGCAAUAUAAUUAUUGUUACAAUAGAAUAUGUUCAUAUGCUCCUGAUACAAAUGAAUUUGAUUCUGAUUCAGAAUGUUCUAAUUUCCUUAGUUCUUGUACAGUAGUCAAGAGAAUUAGUAAUUUAGGUUGUACUUCUAUAUUAAAUUCAUGUUAAGAUCUUACAGAACAGUAAUGUAUCAGAGAUAGUAGUAGUAAUCUAUGCACUUGGGAUACAACUCUAGCUACUCCUAAUUGUAAAACGAGGUCUUGUUCAUUAAUGAUUGGAUAUACUUAUACAUAAUAAAAUUGUAAGAAUUGGCUACCAGGCUGUGUUGUUGAUAAUUCUUCAACUCACACAAGUUGUAUGGCUUAAUAAUAUUGGUGCUUUCAGUAUAGUUAAGAAGAUAAUUGUGAAUAUUCUACUUCUAAUGGUUAUUGUACUUGGAAUGGCUCAUCUUGUGUUACUCGAACUUGCACUACAACAUAAAAUAUAUCAGAUUUUAAUCACACAAAUUGUAAUAAUUGGUUGUCUUCAUGUACAGUUGAUGCUCCAACAAGUUGUAUUUAGAAACCUACAAAUUGUGCUGAUUAUGUUAAUUAUGAUUAAUGUUAUAAGAAUUACUCAAAUUAUCCUUGUGCUUGGGUAAAUGAUGCAUGUAUUGAAAAGACAUGUACUAAUCACGGUUAUUCAGUCAUUGUUUUUAAUUAAACUAAUUGCAACAAUUGGCUGUCAUCAUGUUCUGUUAAUCCAGGGAAUACUGCUUGUGAAACUACCAGAACCUGUGCUAAUUAUACAGGAACUACAUUUACUCAUUCUAAUUGUAAUUCAUGGUUAACUGAUUGUACAACUAAUGGAAGCUAAUGUAUUAAUAAAACAUGUACUAAUUAUGGUUCGAAUGUUACAACCUUCAAUAGUUCUACGUGUUCAACUUGGUUCAGUGAAUGCACAAAUGAUGGAUCAACGGCUUGUAAGAGUGCGAGAACAUGUACUAAUCAUGGAAGCAAAGUUACAAUAUUUAAUCAUACUAAUUGUUCUAAUUGGUUAUCAUCAUGUACUAAUACAAAUACAACUUGUACAGAUAGAACUUGUAGUAAUUAUGGGUAGAAUAUUUUAUUUUUUACUCAUGGCACUUGUAAUGCUUGGUUGUCAUCAUGUACUGUCACUUGGGAUAAAUUAGGUUGUGAAACUAAAACAUGCACAAAUUAUGGCCAAUAAAUAACUACUUUUAAUAAUACCAAUUGUUCAGCAUGGCUAUCAUCAUGUUAAGCCAAUAUAAAUGCAACUACUUGUGAAUCCACUAAUACUUGUCCUUCAGGAGCAUUUACAACUGUUGCUAAUUGUAAUAAUUAUCUAGAAUCUUGUACAUUUGUAAGCGGAUCAUAUUGUACUAAUAAAUCAUGCACAUCAACAUCAGGUAUAACAACAUUUAAUCAUAAUACUUGCUCUAAUUUUUAUAAAAUGUGCACGAGUAAUUAAGGUUCAACUAAUUGUGAAUGGAGAACCUGUUAUAAUCAUAAAGGAUUUAUUUCUUAUUUCUCUCAUGAAUCAUGCGAGAAUUGGUUGUUUUAAUGUACAGUAAAUAGUACUAAUACAGGUUGCACAGUAAAAACUUGCACUAAUUAUGGAAGUCAUGUAACAUCAUUUACAAAUGCAGAAUGUAACAAAUGGCAUCCUUCUUGUAAUGGAACAGGGUCUACAUGUUAAGAAAGCAGAACAUGCGCAAGUGCUCCAACAGGUUAUUAAUAUGAACAUUCAAAUUGUGAGGCAUAUUCUUUAAGUUGUACAAAAAAUAAUGCAACAACUUGUACUACUAAAACCUGCUCUAAAGCAAAUUCAGUAUUUUCCAUUUUUAAUCAUGCUAAUUGUUCAGAAUGGUUAAGCAGUUGUACAUCUGAUGCAACAAGUUCUGCCUGCACAACCAGGACUUGUACAAAUUACAAAGAUCAAUUAAGUACAAUAAGCCAUGCUACGUGUUCAGGUUGGUUGUCAACUUGUACAAGCAACACAGCAGGUACUGCUUGCGAAGCUAAAUCUUGUUACAAUCAUGGAUCUUAAGUUACCGUGAUUGACAAUACUAAUUGUGGAAAUUGGAAAAGCGGUUGUGUUGGAGGAGGAUCUACAUGUAGAAAUUCUACAAAUACAGUUUGUGGAUCUUAUAUUGGAGCCAUCAGUCAUGGCGAUUGUACAAAUUAUUUAAGUACAUGUACUAAUUCUGGAAAUACAAAAUGCAUAGUUAGAACUUGUUAAUUAGCAUCUUAAGGUAACAUUACAGUGUUCAAUCAUUAAAACUGUAGUUUAUGGUAUUUAGAAUGUACAGCAAACUCGGAUGAAAGCAGUUGUUAAUACAGAACAUGUUAUAAUUAUGGAGAUUAUAUUACUACAUUUAAUGCAAGUACUUGUUCUGGAUGGCUUUAUGGUUGUAAUGUGAAUUCAACGAAUGAUGGAUGUAUAAGUGAACGUACAUGUAGUAAUUAUGGAUCUUAUUUAACAGAAUUUACUCAUGAAACUUGUAGUAAUUGGUUGAGUACAUGUACAGUAAAUUCUGGAAGUACAGCAUGCAUAGAUAGAACAUGUACAAAUUAUGGAAGUAAUGUGACUGUGUUUAAUUAUACUAAUUGUAAUGCUUGGCUGGAUGGAUGUACUGGGACAGGUAGUGUUUGUGAAGCUAGAUCUUGUAGUAAUUUUUCAACUGGAGCCAUUCCUUACACUGAAGCUAAUUGUUAUAAAUGGUAUUCUUAUUGUAAAGUUAAUGAUACUCUUACUGCUUGUAUAAGUACACGUACGUGUACUAAUUAUGCUGGUAACAUAACUACAUUUAAUCAUUUAAAUUGCAAUACUUGGUUAUCAGAUUGCACUGUCACAUCAAAUAAUCUCAGUUGUGAAAUUAAAACUUGUACUAAUAGUAAUAUUACUACAGGAAAUUUCAAUUUAGCCAAUUGUAGUUCUUGGUUGUCAGGAUGUAUUGCUAAUAUAUCAGCAAACAAUUGUGAGACUGUAAAAACUUGUGAAAAUGCAAUAUCCAAUUUAACUACAUUUAAUCAUUCUAAUUGCUCUAGUUGGAAGAGUUCAUGUACUUAUAAUAAAGCUGGAACAAGUUUAACUGGAACUGCUUGUAUGGAAUUUAUAUGUUCGAAUGCUUAGUUGACUACAUUUAAUCAUUCUAAUUGUUAAACCUACAAUAGCAGUUGCACUGUAAAUUCUACUGCUGAUGGAUGCACUGAUUAUUUAUGUUCAAAUGCUAUCAAUUCUAUAUCUUCAUUUUCAAACGAUAAUUGCAAAAACUAUAAGCCUACCUGUACUGUAAACAGUUCUUGGAGUAAUUGCACAAAUAAGAGUUGUUCUAAUGCUUCUCGUACAUUGUCAUCUUGGAUUUUCUAUGGUGAUUACUAUCAUAGUGAUUGCAAUGAUUGGUUAUCAUCUUGCACCAUCAAUAGUUCAAGAAGUGGAUGCGAAACUAUGACUUGUGCCAAUGCAUCAAAUUCUAAUGGCAUUACUAUAACUAUAGACUAAAAUUAUAGUUGUACAAACUCUUGGAUGUCUUCUUGUGAACUGCAUACUUCUAAUAGUUACUGUGUCAAUAAGACUUGCCUUACAUAUAGAGGUGCAUUAUCAGCAUUAAAUUGUAGUAAUUAUUUAUCUGGAUGUACAUUUUAUGGAAAUUAUGAUAAUACUACUUCUUGUACUUCUACAAUAAGAACAUGUGCUAGUGCAGUUACAGCUCAUGAUUUUGGUUAUAACAUUGUCAAUUAAGCUGGAUGUGAUUAAUGGAAAUCAAAUUGUGCUUAUAGAGGUUCUGGUAAUUAUGGCUGUGAAGAAAGAACCUGUUCAAAUUAUGUAAGUGCAAAUUAAUCUAAUCCAACAUCUUAUAAUUAAUGCAAUAAUUGGUUAGCUACUUGCACAUAUGAUAAUGCUAAUUAAAUAUGUGUAGAAAAAAGCUGCUCCAACUUUUCUUAACUCUCACCUUCAUAUAAUAAUUGUCUUGCUUGGAACUCAUUAUGUACUAUUAAUUCAACAUCAACAGGUUGUGAGAAAAAAAAUUGCACUAAUUUUUCAUAUGUUAAUUCAGUCUUUAAUGAUACUAAUUGUUCAACCUGGCAAAUCAAUUGUAGAGUUAAUUCUGCAAAAACUGCUUGUGAAGCAAGUUGCACUACAACAACUGUUACUACAUUUAAUUUUGUGAAUUGUUAAAAUUGGGACACUAUGUGCUCAGUUAAUAGUAAUAAUACUAAUUGUGAAAAAAGGAGUUGUUAAAAUCCUUAACUUGCAUCAUACACUGAUACUACCUGCUCAUCUUGGUUAUCAACUUGUACUAAUAAUGGAAAUUCAAGUUGUAAAGAUAGAACAUGUUAUAAUUAUGCAACUAAUCUCCUAUCAUAUUCAUCAAUUACUUGUGAAACUUGGUUGCCAAUCUGUACAAAUUAUAAAACAUAUGGCUGUAUGCCUAAAACAUGUGAUAAUUUUGCUGGAACCGUUAAUGAUAGCAAUUGUUAAACUUAUCUAUCUUAUUGCAUAGCUAAUACGACAAGAACAAAAUGUAUAACUAAAAGAACAUGUACAAAUCAUGGAUCAGCAGUAACAACUUUUACACAUGUCAAUUGUGAAAGCUGGAAUAGUAAUUGUACCAAUAAUAGUAAUAGUACUGCUUGUGUUGAAAAAACUUGUAGCAAUAUAAAUGUAAGUGCAGUAAUUUAAAUUAAUUCAUAUACAUGUAAUGCUUGGAAAUCUAAUUGUUCAUUAAUUAAUGGAACUUGCACAGAUAAGACUUGUAAUAAUUCAGGUUUAGUUGGCAGCGAUGUAACAUAAACAAAUUGUAGUGAUUGGUUGCCUUAUUGUAAAGCAAACAAUGCUAUUUGGCCAUAAUAUUGUGAAUUAAAAACAUGCUCAAAUCAUUCUUUAGGAACUAUAACUUAAGCUAGCUGUUAAAAUUGGUUAUCUUAUUGUAGAGUAAAUUCUGCAGGAACAGCAUGUAUGACUUAUCGAACAUGUAGUAAUUAUGGAAUAAAUAUUUUAACAUUCAAUCAUAUUAAUUGUGAAGCAUGGAUGUCUAAUUGUACAGUAAAUAGUACAAAUAAUGGAUGUAUGAAUAAAACUUGUUUUAAUACUAAUUUAAGUGUUUUCAAUGAUUAAACUUGUGGAUAAUGGUUGAAUACCUGUAAAGCAAAUUCAUCAAAUACAGGAUGUGAAAUAAGAACUUGUACAAAUUAUGGUAAUUAGUUAACAAGUUUUACUGCAGCAGCAUGUUCUUAUUGGUUGUAUUAAUGCACAAAUGAUACAACAGUUGGCUGCAAGCCUAAUAAUAGAACAUGCACUAAUUAUAGUAAUUUAAUAUAAAAUUUCACAUUGUAAACCUGCUCGGAAUAUUUGAGUUCAUGUGUUCCAGAUCUAACAAAAUCAUCUUGUUUAGCAAGAACCUGUAGUAAUGCUUAAGAAUUACCUUCAUAUACUCAUUAAAAUUGUUCAAAUUGGUUAAAUACUUGUACUGUAAAUUUAACAAACAAUGGUUGUAUAGAUAGAACAUGCUAAAAUGCAUCUCUUUCUUUUUAUAAUUAUAGUAGUUGUUCUAAUUGGUUAAGUUCUUGUACAGUUAACACUACAAAUAAUGGUUGCAUUGCAAAGACAUGUAGCAAUAGCACAGUUAUUUAAUUUACAUAAACAAAUUGUACAGCUUGGUUGAAUACAUGUACAAAUGGUACAAAUACUUGUAUUAAUAAGACAUGUUCUAAUUAUGUUGGCACUGUUAAUUAAACAAACUGUAUGGCUUGGUUAUCAUAUUGUUAUGCUGAUUCUGUAUCUUAAACUUAAUGUUAUAGUUUGAGGGAUUGUUAUAAUCAUAAUUUAACUACAUUUACUGUUGCUACUUGUAGUUCAUGGUCUCCUUUAUGCACUGUAAAUACUACAAAUAAUGGAUGUAUUGAAAAAACUUGUUAUAAUAAUAAUUUAACCAAAUUUAGUCAUGCGACUUGUUCAGAUUGGUUAUCAACAUGUACUGUAAAUAUGGAUGCAACUGGCUGUGAAAUUAGAUCUUGUACAAAUUAUGGAAACAAUAUUGCAGUAUACAGCAAUGCCAAUUGUUCUGCUUGGUAAAAAUAUUGUCAAGUAACAACUUUGGGUAAUGCUUGUGAACCAAAGACUUGUUGGAAAAAUUCUGUUGGUGUAUUUAAUCACACUAAUUGUUAUGUCCAUUUGGAUUAAUGUACCGUUGCAGAUUCAAUAUCUUGUGGAUCAACAAGAACAUGUACCAAUCAUGGUAGCGAGGUUACUAUUUUUAAUCAUGCAAAUUGCUAAUAUUGGUUAACUAAAUGUACUGUAAAUGCUGCAGGAACAGCUUGUGAAGAAAUGACAUGCACAAAUCAUGGAAUUUAAGUUACUAAAUUUACUCAUGCAAAUUGUUAAAAUUGGAUAUUUGAUUGUACUGUUAAUUCAACAGGUACAGAUUGUGAAUUAAAAACAUGUUCUAAUUAUGGUGCCAAUGUAGUUGUUUACAAUCAUGCUAAUUGUUUAGCUUGGUUAUAAAAAUGUACUGCAAAUUCAACUAAUAGUGCAUGUAUCAAUAAAACAUGUCUUAAUACAACUGGAAUCAGUACAUGGACUUAGGCUAAUUGUGAGUCAUGGUUAAGUGUAUGUUAAUUAAGCAAACCUACUACUUGUAAAAAUAAUGUUUCAAAUUGUUCAUCAGCUACAUAUAAUCAAUGUGUCAAAGAUACAAAUAAUGAUAUUUGUGUAUGGCAUCAAAAUUCAUGCAAGGAUAGGGCUUGUAAUAAUUUUAUUGGAACAGCCAAUCAUAUUAAUUGUUAAAAUUGGUUCAGUAGUUGUACUGUCAAUACUACUAAUACUGGAUGCACUUCUAAACCAACUAAUUGCACUACUGGAGGAGUGACUUAAGACUAAUGUGUUGUAAGCAUUUCUAAUGUCAUUUGUGCUUGGAAUGGAAGUGCUUGUGUAACUAGAACAUGUACUCAAUAUUCUGGUACAUUUAACCACUCUAAUUGUAACAACUGGUUAAAUACUUGCACCGUUAAUAGUGCUUCUAAUGCUUGCUAAACUUUAUCUUCGUCAUGUACUUCGUAUACCAUUUAGGAUUAAUGUAAUUUUACAAAUUCUGGUACUGUUUGUUUUUGGAAUGUUAAUACUUGUGUUAUUAGAACAUGUGAACAUGCUUCUCAAACUUCUAGUUAUAAUGAUCAUACAAAAUGCAAUACAUUUUUAAAUACAUGCACAGUUGCUAGAUUUGGAGGAUGCACAGAUAAAUUAUCUUCUUGCUCAUUAUAUAAAUAAUAAUCUUAAUGUUAUUAAAGUUCAUCUGGUGUUAAAUGUUAUUGGAAUACUUUAACUUCUUUGUGUACAGAUGCUAUUUGUACAAAUGCAGUUUCAACUCUAACAACUCAUGAAGAUUGUUAAAAUUUUUUGAAUACUUGCACAGUAAAUACUGCCGGAGGCUGCAUUCCUCUUGUAGCAUGUAAUCUAUACACUACUCCUUAGUCAUGCGUAAAAUCUAAUGUUGGAGAAAUUUGUGAAUGGUAAUCCCAAACAAGUACUUGUAAUAUAAAAUCUUGCACAACUGCUGCACUUGAUAACACUAGAGAUACUCAUGAAGAAUGUCAAGAUUACCUUCCAAAUUGUACAGUCACUGCUACAGGAGUUGGUGGAUGUGUUCCUUUGAAUGAAUGCCAUACUUAUUUAUCUGAGAGAUAAUGUAAAAUAAAUUAAAGCGGGUCUUUAUGUGGAUGGAAUGGUUUAGUUUGUGCAAAUCGUUCUUGUUAGACUGCUCCUCCAACAGUAACAUAUAGUAAUGAUAGUUCUUGUUAAAAUUAUAUGGAUGGAUGUACAGUAGUUGAAACUGGAUAUGGUUGCAUACCUAGAAAAGCAGAAUGUUCAGAUUAUAAAAUUAGUAAAUAAUGUGUAAAAACAAUAACAAAUUAAUUAUGUUAUUGGAAUAAGGAAUUACCAAUAGCAAUUUGUGAGGUUAGAACAUGUUUUAAUGCACCUAUUGAUUCACUAACACCUGAAUUAUGUGAAUAACAUUUAAAUUUAUGUUCUUCAAAUAUGCAGUAUUGUAGAUUAGAAGAAUGUGAAGAUCUCUCCUACACAACAGAUUUUGAAUGUAAAUACUUCAAUAGUAAAUGUACAACUAAUGGAACUAAAUGUGUAUUAAGAAAGAAAUGCUCAGAUGUAUAAAAUAGUGCUGGUUGUGUUAUGGAUGAUUAAUUUAAUGAAUGUGAAUGGUAUAAUUAAGAAUGUGUGUUAAAAGAUUGUUACACUGCUCCAGCUUUUACAACUGAAUAGGAAUGCAAUUUAUAUAAAGAAGGUUGUACAACUAAAUUAUUUGGUGGUUGUCGAUAAAAGACUGCUUGCACAGAGGCUAAUGUCGAAGAAGCGUGUACAACAUCCAACAUUGGCGAAGAAUGUGUAUGGGAACAUGGCUUUUGUAGAGCUUAAAAAUGUGAGGAUUUUGAUGGUAGUUAUGAUGAUAUUUGUGAUGCUUAGAAGAAAGGAUGUGUUAGUGAUGGAACUUAAUGUGUGCUACCAAGAUUUUGUUAAUAAAUACUAAUUAAAGAUUAAUGCAUUAAAGGUAUAGAUGGACCAUGUAUAUGGUAUGAAUUUGGUUGUACACUAUUUCUCUCUUGUUCCAGCAUUAAAAGUAAUUUAGAUAGUAUAUGUAAAUCUGCUAAUAGUUUAUGUACUACAGAUGGUCUCAAAUGUGUAGGAUUAGAAAAGUGCUCGAAUUAUAAAAUAUAAGAAGCAUGUAAAACUGGUUUAGAUGGAAAUUGCUAGUGGAUAUAAUCUUAAGAGAAAUGUUUAUUAUUUGCAAAAUGUUCUGAUUUACCUUAUUUAACUCAUAUUGAUUGUCAAAAUGCUUCAUCGAAAUGUACCACAGAUUCUUUAAAUGGAUGUAUUGAUUUAAAAUAGUGUUACAAUUAUAAGUAGAAAGAAUAAUGUAAAAUAAGUUCUCAACCACCAAAAUUGUUAAAUAAAUAAGUAAUUUAAACAGGAUAAUGUGCAUGGGUAAAUGGUAAAUGUAGAGAUUAAUUAUGUGAGGAUAUAAGUGGUGAAACUCAUGAGCUAUGUUAAUCUAAACUUAAAGGAUGUACUUCUGAUGGAAUUAAUUGUAUUACUAUGCAAUAGUGUUCUUAAUAUACUGAUAUUGUAACCUGCAAUCUUGCCUUAGGAACUGAUGGUAAAUGUAUAUUUUCUACGGAUGGUUGCAGAGCUCUCGAAUGUACUGAUAUUAAAAAUGGAACUAAUCAUUUUACUUGUUAGAAUUUCAAUUCUAAUUGUAUUUCUAAUGGAGAAAAAUGUAUAAAUUAAGUGAAAUGUGAAUAUUUUUCUAAUUAGUUUGCCUGCACUUAUUUAGGAUUAGAUGGAUAAUGUGCUUGGAAUGGAUCUAGCUGUGUAUUGAUGAAAUCUUGUGAAGAUGCUCAUUUUGAUAUGUUAGCUUGUUAAAAAGUAGCUGAAUUCUGUAAUUGGGUAUCAUAUACUAAUGGCACUUCAAAAUGUAUUCCUCAAACAUGUUAAACCAUAGGAGCUCUAAAUAAAUGUAAUUAUAUCAAAGAUUUUAAUACUAAAAAAAUAUCUAUAUGCUUAUGGUCUAAUUCAAUUUGCUAAUCUGUUGAUCCUAUUAAUUUACAAAGUAAUGAAUGCAAUAUCAACACUUUAAAUACUUAUAGAUGGAAUCCACUCAAUAACACUUGCGAAGCUUGCUCUCUUUCAAUAAUCAAUAAUUCCAUUGCUGUCAGCUAUCUUCAUUUAUUAUCCAUCGCGAUAAUAUAUACAAUAUUAUUAUGA